GCGUAUUCCACUCACUUUCUUCCGCCGUACAAAAACGACGGACGCUGCGCGCACCCUCUCUCCAUCGCCGUCUCCGACUCGUAUUCCGCCAUGGACCCUCUCUCAGCUCUCCGCGACUUCACCAUGCGCGGCGACCUCGACAAGAUCGUCCGCGUCGGCGACGAGUUCCGGUUCGGCUCCGACUACUCCUUCCCCUGCGCCGCCGAGACCGCCUACCGCUCCAAGCAGGGCAACCUCUACACCCUCGAGACCCUCCUGUUCUUCGUCACCCACCACCACCUCAAGCACACCGACUACAUCCAGUCCGCCCGCCUCCACCACCUCCCCACCGUCACCUUCAUCGACCGCAAGCCCCUCCUCGACUACCUCCAGGGCAAGAUCUCCUCCUCCGACGCCAUCCAGCUCUUCCCCUCCUCCUCCUCCGCCGUCCCCUCCGAUGUAGCCAUGCCCGACGCCGCCGCCGCCCCCGCCUUCUCCGCCGAGCUCGAGGGCGAGGCGGAGGAGGAUGCGGCGGCCGUCGAUGUGAUGGCCCUGAUCCGGGCGGUCGAGCGGCCGUUGAAGGACCGCGAGGCGAUUCUGGAGUGCAAGAACCGGGACUUCUACUCCGUGCUCGUCACCUCGACGCGGCGCGAGGAGGAGCGGCAGAGGAUCGAGUCGCAGCAGCGGAAGGAUGGGCUGGUGGCGAAGAGCCGCUUGAUGGGCGCGGAGGACAGGGGGCUGGGGUUUGGCGAGGAGCUAGGGUUUGGGGAUUCUGCAAUUAAGCCGAAAUUGAACCUCAAGGGGAGCAAGAUCGGGGAGGGCGUACCGAUAAUCCUCGUGCCGAGCGCUUUCCAGACGCUGAUCACGAUAUACAAUGUGAAGGAAUUCUUGGAAGAUGGGGUUUUUAUUCCCACGGACGUGAAGGCCAAGCAGAUGAAGGGGCUGAAGCCGGAUUGCAUCACGGUGCAGAAGAAGUUCAGUAGGGAUAGGGUGGUGACGGCCUACGAGGUGAGGGAUAAGCCGUCGGCAUUGAAGUCGGAGGAUUGGGACCGGGUAGUGGCAGUCUUCGUGUUGGGGAAGGAGUGGCAGUUCAAGGACUGGCCUUUCAAGGACCAUGUCGAGAUCUUCAAUAGAAUAAUUGGGUUCUUUAUGAGGUUUGAAGAUGACAGCGUGGAGUCUGCCAAAAUUGUAAAGCAGUGGAAUGUAAAGAUUAUCUCGAUAAGUAAAAAUAAGCGGCACCAGGAUCGGGCUGCUGCUCUUGAGGUGUGGGAAAAACUAGAAGAUUUUGUUCGGUCUAGAUCGCAUUCUUGAUUGGCAAGGAGUUUGUCGAGAACGCUUGUGAGGUCUUCUGGACAGUCUAAAGACUCAACUUCCUGACUCUCCAAAACUUGGUAUUGUCCAAGUAUUCAACAAUCGGAGUGUGCUGACUGAUCUAUAUAUGCUUGAACAGCGAAGAAGAACCAAGGUACAAGCUCCAUGUUUGGCAUCUGGAACUGGAAUUAUCCAAUCAUUCAGUCCUGCUUCAAGAAUUUUCUCCGGCGGCAUACUCAAAUUACAUAGUGGUGGUUCAAUCUUGCUGUCGUCAGCUCUUGAUAAAGAAACGAGGGUGAUUAUGAUGGAAUGUGUUUUGUUAUAUUGACGGUUCUAGGGUGGUGGGGGGGAGAAGGGAGAGGAUUCGAGCGCAUGUUCUUUUUUGUGUAGGCAUUAUUGGCUGUGCCUUUGUUCAUUAAGUUCUGAAUAGUUCACGCGCUUUGCACUUCCUAGAUUAUGUCGUGUGAAACUCAAGAGCUUGGUAUUGAUGUUCAUUGUUUUUAAGAAAGA